GCGGAACUGAAAGAAAGAAUAAAGUUUUCCAAAUUUUUUUAAUUACUUACAAUUUUAACGAAUUUUUGUUGGCGCUAUGUGGAGUACGAAGGUCUAAAACAACAGCACACAACAACAACACUAUGGACUUUUUGAAGGAUUUCUGUGGACUUCAAAAUCAGUCUUUUCAAGUGUGGAAUUCUACUGAGAGAGACUUUGGUUCCUGCUUUGAAUACUUGGCUGUAAUUUGCCCGGCUUAUAUUUUCUUACUUUUUAUAAGUGCUUAUUUUGUAGGAAAACGUCCAAGAAUUGACUCGUAUGGACUAGCUGUAUUUAUCUGGGUCAAACUACGGAUAGCUCUAUCCUGUUUAAUUGUUUUAUCUCCUCUGGUUGAAAUUGUGUGUUCACUAACUUUGAAGUCCUUUCAUCCACCGGUCUUCUUGUUAACGAAUUCUUUGAUAUGUUUGACAUGGAUUAUCAAUACAUUUACAGUCUGGAGACUUAGACAUUUGUAUUUAAUCAAGAAAUGCUUGCCUACACCUCUACUGGUUGCUACACUAUUGGUAUUUUUAAGCUCAAUUAUUCAAGUUUAUUCUGUGUUUAAAAAUGUUAAAUCACCGCAAAGAGAUUUUAACAAUAGUUAUCGUGGGGUCAAAGAGUAUGGAACAGCCAUCAGGAGUUUUCUCCUGCUUUUGUAUUUAGUAUCACUUGUACAAUGCCAUGACAGCAGAGGGUUUGCCGCUGGAGGUACUCCAACACCACAUUUCAAUGAAACAGGUAUUCAAGCUGGUGAUGAAGGAGAACGCCGAGAUCUUCUGAGAUCAAUAUCAAGAGGAACAUUCUACAGCAGUACUCAAUGUGUAUCAGAUGACUUAGGUGUAGCCGAGGAUCCGUAUAACUAUCUCUCAAAAUUUUUAUUCUGGUGGGUGAAGAAAAUAAUGCUCAAAGGUUACCAAGGUCAUAUUCAAAGUGCUGAAGAUCUUUACUUGCUGCCGAGAAGUUUGAGAACAUCAAACAUUCAAGAGAUAUUUUUCAAGGAACUCUACUACAGGAAGAAAGACAAUUGCACGCCAAGACCGGAGACAUUGGUAUCAAAGGGAAGUUACUCUGAUUUUGAUGAUAGUGGAUCAGAUGUGGACGUUCAGUAUGCUCCAGGAAAUGCAGAUGGUGAUGAGGUCUUUGAGAGUAGAAAUGAAAAUGUUAAAAGAAGUUUAUUAGCUGCACUACAUUAUUCUUUUGGUCGGAAGUACUACUGUUUAGGGGUUUUGAAAUUGCUUGGAGAUGCUCUUGGAUUUGCUGGACCAUUACUCUUACAUGCUCUUGUUUAUUAUAUGGAGAAUAAAAAGGAACUUACUGUACAUGGAUACUACUAUGCAACUGGGCUGUUCAUCUCAACACUGAUAUCAGCAUUUAUAAAUACACACUUCAGCUACAUGGUUGGUAUUAUUAUUUUAUAAUACUAUAAUUAUAACAUCCAGGGUGGUAUAGUGGUUUACUGCUCGCCUAUGGCAGCUGUUCAUAAUUUAACCUCUAUGUACUUGUUCUUUUCAUCUGUUCAGGUUGUGAACUACAUGAGUACUGAUACAGACAGGGUUGUCAACUUCUGUCCCAGUUUUCACCAGUUCUGGAGCCUCCCUUUCCAAAUAGCUGUCUCGCUCUACCUCCUUCACCAACAGGUUGGCCUUGCCUUUCUGGCUGGUUUAGGUUUUGCUAUCAUAUUAAUACCCAUCAACCGCUGGCUUGCAAUCAAGAUACAAGCACUCAGUAAAGAUAUGAUGGUGCAAAAAGACAGAAGAGUCAAGAUGAUGAAUGAGAUCUUGUAUGGAAUCAGGGUCAUCAAGUUCAAUGCCUGGGAGAGGAACUUUGAGAGUAAAGUCAAUGAAUUAAGGUCAGCAGAGCUAAAGAGCCUCAAGGGUCGGAAGUACUUAGAUGCUUGGUGUGUGUAUUUCUGGGCUACCACACCUGUUAUUAUCUCCAUCUUAACAUUCAUGACCUACGUACUGAUGGGAAACAAGCUGACUGCCGCAAAGGUCUUUACUAGUGUAGCCUUGUUUAACAUGCUUAUCUCACCACUUAAUGCAUUUCCCUGGGUCUUGAAUGGGCUGGUAGAGGCCUGGGUAUCAGUUCAAAGGUUGCAGGCAUUCCUUGGUAUGAAUGACCUUGACCUUAGGGAUUACUAUAUUGAGACACCUGCAGAAGAGUCCAGACAUCAAGCAAUAAAAAUAGUCAAUGGCGUUUUCAGCUGGAGGUAUGAAAAUACAUCACAGACAGAUGAAAGAGCCGCCAGCUCUGUUGACAGGGAAUCGGGCUCACCAACAGCAGUAGAAUGUCUGUCUGAUAUCAAUCUAACUUUACGCAAGGGUGAAUUGGUUGGUGUAAUAGGCACCGUUGGUUCUGGCAAGAGCUCACUGCUAUCAGCUAUCGCAGCUGAGAUGGACAAACAAAACGGACAGGUUUAUGUGUCCUGUUUGGACAACGGGUUUGGACUCGCCGCACAGGAACCUUGGAUUCAACAUGCAACAGUCAAAGAAAACAUCUUGUUUGGUCAGCCGUUUGAUGUGGAAAAAUACAGUGGAGUAAUCGAUGCGUGUGCACUAAGAGAGGAUUUGCGUGUCCUACCUGCUGGUGAUGAAACUGAGGUCGGUGAGAAUGGAGUAACUCUAAGCGGAGGGCAGAAGGCGAGAGUGUCUCUAGCGAGAGCUAUUUACCAGGAUAAAGAUGUCUAUUUGCUGGAUGAUCCGCUGGCCGCUGUCGAUGCGCAUGUCGCGGCUCACAUAUUCAAGCAUUGCAUUCUGGGACUUCUCUCCAAAAAGACCGUCAUCCUUUGCACACAUCAUACCAAGUACCUUAAAGCCGCUGACCUCGUGGUCGUGAUGGAUCACGGGCGCGUAUCUCAUCAAGGCAUUCCCGCUGAAAUACUCACCAAGGAAACGGUGAUGUCACAGUUAUCACGUGACGAGGAUGAAAGUGACCUUGAAAAAGAUGAACUUUCUGAGCCUGAAAAGAUCCAGUUGACUGAACAAAUGAAAGGAGAUGGGGGACUGGUAACCGAGGAAGAGAAAGAUGAGGGCGCGGUCAAGUUACACGUGUAUUGGUCGUACUGGCUUGCCAUUGGUCAUUGCCUAGCAACCAGUAUUCUCGUUUCUCUUUUGUUAAUGCAAGCUUCACGAAAUCUAAGCGACUGGUGGUUAGCGUACUGGAUAUCUCACACCAAGUCACGCACUAAUGGUCACGAUAACAACACGUCGUCACGCAACUACAUCGCUUCAUAUAUAACUGACAACUCUAAUGGAUACCAUAGUUUUCACAUCGUCAAGGAUGCUGUCAUAUUUUAUCUGUUUGUGUACGGAGGAUUCGCAGUUGGAAACACGAUUUUCACGUUGUUUCGUGCAUUCCUCUUCGCCUAUGGUGGUAUCAAGGCCGCUAAGGUCAUCCACAAGAGAUUACUGACCAGUAUUCUAGCAGCUCCGAUAUCCUUCUUCGAUGUCACCCCGAUUGGCAGAAUUGUGAACAGAUUCUCGUCUGAUAUGUAUUCAGUAGAUGACAGCCUUCCAUUCAUGCUGAAUAUCUUCUUGGCUCAAGCGUACGGUGUAGCAGGCACGAUAGCCAUCACCUGUUAUGGUCUGCCGUGGUUGUUAAUACUGUUGAUGCCGCUUUCUCUUAUUUAUUACUACAUUCAAAAUUACUAUCGUAGGACCUCCAGAGAGCUCAAACGACUCAUGUCUGUUACUCUGUCACCAAUCUAUGCUCACUUCUCUGAAACCCUGACCGGGCUGAGCACAAUACGUGCUUUACGAGAAACAAGACGGUUCCAGUCUACCAACGAGACGAAACUGGAGAUUAAUCAGAGGGCGAAUUUUUGCGCAAUGGCAGCAUCACAGUGGCUGAGUCUUCGGCUUCAGUUGUUAGGCGUAGCCAUGGUAACUGCAGUGGCUUUCAUUGCUGUUUUAGAGCAUCAUUUCAGCACCGUUGAUCCAGGAUUGGUUGGUCUUGCGAUCUCUUAUGCACUGUCUGUAACGGAUCGCCUUUCUGGUAUGGUGACGUCAUUCACCGAGACAGAAAAGCAGAUGGUCAGUGUUGAACGUGCCGUGCAGUAUAUAGAGAAUAUACCAUCAGAACAGUCGGGAAAAGCAAAGGUAUCUCCGUUCUGGCCAAGUAUCGGACAAAUCACAUUCCACAAAGUUGUGUUGAUUUAUAGGGAAGGCCUUUCUCCAGCUUUGCGUGAGGUGUCUUUUCAAAUAAGCGCAGGAGAAAAGAUCGGUAUCGUAGGUCGAACUGGUUCUGGUAAAUCCAGUCUGUUCUUGGUCUUGUUUCGUAUGGUUAAUCUCCAUGAAGGGAUGGUAAUAGUGGAUGGAAAGGUUAUUUCAUCCGUUCCUCUUGAUGUGUUAAGGUCUCGUCUAGCAAUAAUUCCUCAAGAUCCCUUCCUGUUCAGCGGGUCAGUUCGCUCCAACAUCGAUCCUUGGACAAAGUAUUGUGAUAAGGAUCUUUGGACCACGUUGGAAAGAUGUCACAUGAGACAAGCCAUUAGAGAACUGGGUGGGCUUGAAGCAGACGUGGGUGAACGCGGGCGCAAUUUCUCCGUCGGUCAGCGGCAGUUAAUCUGUCUGGCAAGAGCUCUUCUGACGAAUGCAAAGAUUCUGUGUAUUGAUGAAGCUACUGCCAGUGUUGACAUGGAAACAGAUGAGUUGAUUCAACGAACAAUACGGGAAGAGUUUCGUGAGAGCACCGUAUUGACUAUAGCGCAUAGGGUUGAGACUGUUCUGGACAGUGAUCGUGUGCUGGUGAUGGACAGGGGUCUGGUGGUAGAGUUCGACCGUCCAGAUAAACUACUCGAAAAAAGGAAUUCACUCUUCCACAGCCUGGUCUUCGGAAGUUAAGACAAAAUGCGAAAAUCUAGAAAAUUGAUUCUGAACAAAAGGGCGCCUCCUUCACCCUGGAUUCCAGAGACUCCUGGCCAAACAUAACAGGAAAGCACUGGAACUCAGGUAGCAAAUUCAAAGUUUGUGGGACUGGAAAAAUCUUGGAAUGGGAUUAGAUGUGAUCGAACUUGGGUAUGCCAUACCAUGCAAAAAAAAAUCUUUGGUGUAAAACCCACUAGACAAGUUAUAGAAAAGUCUGAACAAAUGAUUUAAGACUGCAGUCUUCUUACCCAAGAUUGAACAAAACAAGUUAAAACAAUCAAACGCGGGGUAUAUUUAUCAAUUAGCGAAAUCCCAGUGGCGGAUCCAGGGGGGGGGGGGUCA